CAUCUAAUCCAUGUAGAGGGUCAAAUGAUCAAAUGCCCAAAUAAAACAGGGCAAAUGAUCAAAUGUCCCACCCGGAAACGCCCACCAAAGAAAUUCGAUGGCUGUCUCCUGCUCUUCUUCCUCCGUCUCGGGCUCCGCCAAAGCCCUAGCUUGCCUCCAUACCUCCCACCUCGCGCCCCAAAGAACAGCAUCAGCCCGCUUGCGCCUACAGUGUAUCAAGAUGUGCUCUGCUCCGGCUGCGCCAGGGGGGUCAAAGAAGACCGUCUGGGUAUGGACAGAGAACCGGCAGGUGAUGACGGCAGCCGUAGAGAGGGGUUGGAACACUUUCCUCUUUGGAUCCAAAGAGGUCGGCAAGGACUGGUCAUCAACUGCUCGCAUCCAUCCUCUCUUUAUUGAUGGCCUGGAGAUUUUUGACGAGGGGAACCAAAAGGUUGCUGCAAUUUCUGAAAUCUCUUCCCCAAGUGAGCUGCAACUCAUACAGCCAGACAAUGUGGAAGUACAGAACAACGUGAUUCACUUCCGAGGUGAUUGGCAGGUUAUACCAGCAGAAAAUAUAGUUGCUGCAUUCCAAGGAUGCGCUGGAGCUGUAUUGGCUGUUUCGACAAACUCAACUGAGGCUCAAGUUUUUCUUGAGGCCUUGGAGCAAGGGCUUGAUGGAGUUGUACUUAAAGUAGAGGACAUGGAUGAUAUUAUUAAACUCAAGGAUUAUUUUGACAGAAGGAACGAGGCAAAGAGCCAGUUACAGUUGACAAAGGCUACUGUAUCAAAGGUUGAAGUUGUUGGUAUGGGCGAUCGUGUUUGUGUGGAUCUCUGUAGUAUCAUGCGACCCGGUGAAGGCCUUCUGGUUUGUGUCGGUUCCUAUGCAAGAGGAAUGUUCCUUGUUCACUCUGAAUGCUUGGAGACAAACUACAUUGCUAGCAGACCUUUCAGGGUCAAUGCAGGGCCUGUGCAUGCAUAUGUUACAGUCCCUGGCAACAAGACUAGCUACCUCUCAGAGCUGCAAUCAGGCAGGGAAGUAAUUGUUGUUGAUCAAAAUGGGUUGUGGCGAACUUCAAUUGUCGGCCGCGUGAAGAUUGAAUCAAGGCCUCUCAUCCUUGUAGAAGCAAAGGAGAACUCUGGAAAUGGCACAUAUAGCAUUUUCCUUCAAAAUGCAGAGACAGUUGCACUUAUUGGUCCUGACAGAGGAUCUGGUGGAAGGACUGCUAUUCCUGUGACUUCACUGAAAGUUGGCGACGAAGUUCUGGUGAGGAAGCAGGGCGGCGCCCGUCACACUGGAAUAGAGAUUCAGGAGUUUAUUGUCGAGAAAUGAGACACACUGUGACAUUUACCCGCCUUAGCAGGCUGGCAUGCUCAUCGCUGCUGUUUUUGUUCUCCACAACAAAUUUGUGCAAGUUCAUCAAAUCAUCACUAAACCCAAGAGACAUACGUCUAGUAUCUGUACAUUCCUGAAAUUCAAGGCUCAUUUUUCCAUUUUA